AUGAAGCGACUCAUCAUCCUUGUUGUGUACUGUUUUGGAACAGUUUUCUGUGAUAUGUCAGGGGAAUGUGACUUCGUCAGUUUCUAUCAGGAGCUAGGAUGCACUGCGAUCCCCAACGAUGACAACUUGACCUGCCCCAAGGAGUUUGACUGUCCAGACUUGCAUCCAAACCCUAACAUGUGUUACUAUAGGGGAGUUGAGUACGCCGAUCGCGCGACAAUUCCCAUGGACUUAGUCAAAAAUCCGUGUGCUUUGGGAUGUGUGUGUACCAUCGACAGUGGCCCAAGAUUUGAUUGCGCAGCCGUCGACUGCGUAGAAAACUUCGACCCUGACCAACAGGAAUGUAUUUAUACAUUUUCUUUGGACUCGUGUUGCAGCACUGGCGAAGUAUGUGGUAAAGACGCGAUAGCCAGUCUUAAGACCUGUGAGGCGGAUGGAAAGACAUACAAGGAAGGUCAAUACUUUGAACCAGCGAAUAGCAGGAAGAAAUGUGUUUGUACAGCAGACUGGAACGGUUCCUAUGACGACCCUGCAACCUGCAGUGACAUCAAUUGUGGCCUAGAAAUAUACAACCAAAAAAAUAUCAUGGAUAAAUGCGCUCCCGUAUUUGUUAAAACUGCAAAGUCUUGUCCAUUCUCAUUCCAAUGUCCUUCCGCGAAAACGAAAAUCAUCAAAGGUAUUAAUCUCCGUGGGAUUCAGUCACAGUGUGUUUUCGGUAACUUGACCCUCAAUGUUGGAGACGAGGUCGUUGGUGACGACUCGUGCACCAAGUGCUCCUGCGAGGUACCACCCUUCAUGACGUGUGUGAAAACGACUUAUAGUUGUCCUAAUUGA